AUGUCGAAUAUCGAAAAAAGAGCAGUCAUAAAGUUUUUUAUCCGAAAAGGACUAAAUGCUACUGAAAUUAGUGAAGAGCUGGAGGAUGUUUAUGGCGACUCUGCUCCAUCUUACCGCACUGUCGCUAAAUGGGUAGGGGAAUUCAAAGAUCCAGAACGUGGCUUUGAAGAUGCACCUCGAUCUGGUCGUCCAUUAACCACCACCACUGAUGAAAACAUUGAAGCUGUUGAACGAAUUGUGCUACGUGAUCGACAAGUCUCUGUUCGUUGGGUGGCUGCUGAAUUAGACAUUCCAAAAACUACCGUGCAUGAAAUCAUGAAGAAUCAUUUAGAAAUGAAGAAAGUUUGCACACGUUGCGUGCCAAAAUUACUCACACCACUUCAACUUGCAAAUCGAACGGAUUGUUGUGAAGAGCUCCUGCAACAAAGUGAAGAAGAUCCGUCGAACUUUUUUGACCGCAUCGUGACCGGUGAUGAAACUUGGGUGUACCACUAUGAUCCUCUCACUCAGUUGGAAGCCAAGGUCUGGAAGAGAUCAGGUGAACAAACACCAACUCGAGAACGUCGACAACGAUCAACUGCAAAACGUAUGCUGACGGUGUUUUGGGACAAGGAUGGUGUUCUGCUGACCGAUUAUCUACCACGUGGUGCCACAAUGAAUGGUCAAUAUUAUGCAUCAAUCAUCGAGCAGUUGCAUUCUGUAUUACUGGAAAAACGUCGUAGAAAAGUUCAUCGUGGUGUCCUGCUUCUUCAUGACAACGCGCCUGUUCACAAGUCCAACAUUGUUCAAGGUGCAAUUCGACAAAACGAUUUCAUCGAAUUGAAUCACCCGGCUUAUUCUCCGGAUAUUGCACCCUCCGAUUAUCAUCUAUUCUCGAAUCUGAAAAAUUUCUUCGUGGCAUAA